GUGCAGAGACAGCGCACAAGAGAGACAGAGUGUCCCACAGAAGAAGAACUGGGGGAAGCGAGGAAGCAGAGAGUGGCCAGACAGCAGCCUUUACGAGUGAGCGUGGCAGAUUACCAUGGUUCUCUACCUCCCACUGUGUUUACCACUGUACGCUGUAGCCCAUGAAAGGAACAGCCAGCCUCACUUAUCCCUUGCCCAAUACGCUGCCUGAAUGAGAGAGUGGGGGGAGCCAGACGUCAGCAUGGCUGCCAACAGCUAUCUGGCAGUGCCUGAUGGGUACGGCAUGUCAGAGCCCCUGCCGUAUUACGAUGUGCUGUCAGACCCUCUGAGCUACUCCCUCCAGGAGAAUGACCUUCAGCUGCCUUCCUACAGCCAGUACUCCAAUCUGCAGUUCUCAUCCAUGCCACAGGGGGCGCCUUCCCCACAAGCCUGCUACCCGCCUUACUCCUACAGCCCUCAGGGCCCGGAAGGACCUUAUCCACCUGGGAGCUGCGAACUGGGUCGACCUCCCUGCAUGCUGCCCACUGAGAUGGAGUCCAGCCUCCCUGGGCUACCCUUGCUGAAAAGGGCACGGCUGGGCUCUGGCGCGCUGAGGCUGCGUGGGCAGGACGAGCUGUGUGUGGUGUGUGGGGACAAGGCCUCAGGGUACCACUACAAUGCCCUUACCUGUGAGGGCUGCAAAGGAUUCUUCCGGCGCAGCAUCACCAAGAAGGCGGUGUACAAAUGCAAGAGUGGCGGGGGCUGCGAGAUGGACAUGUACAUGCGCAGGAAGUGCCAGGAGUGCCGGCUGAAGAAGUGCCGUGCCGUGGGCAUGCUGGCGGAGUCCAUGUUUGGUGGAUCCUCUCUAGGCCUGCUGACAGAGGUACAGUGUCAAUCCAAGAGGCUACGCAAGAGUGCCAAGCAGGGCUCGGACAUACUGUGUGCCAUCAAGCAGGAGGAAGACGAGGGCACAGAGAGUCGACAGGUCUCCUCCACCAGCAGGCUGCCAGGCCAGGGCAACACAGGGCUGACUCCUGAGGAGCAGAGGUUGCUAGAUGGCAUUGUUGAGGCUCAUCGGAAGUACCGCGGGCAACACGAGACACUACCCAGCACAGUCUUUGACAUGCCAGAUGCUGAGGAGGGCUUUGACAGGCUGGCAGGUCUGGCAUCACCACAAUGCCAUGCCUUGCUGCUGUUUGCCAGGAGUCUGCCUGGGUUUGAGCUCCUAGACUGUGAGGAUCAGAGUUCUCUGCUUAGGGGUUCCACUGUGGAGGUCAUGUUCCUGCACUCAGCUCAGCAUUUUAACCAGGGGCCGAAGAGGGCCACAACAGAUCCCUUGGCCUGGCCGCUUUCAGCUGUGUAUCCCUCUAGCCUGGAGCAUUCUCCCCUGUACUGGACACGUGGCCUGGAUCCCAGCCUGCGGUCUGGAACAGAAAUCCCUGGGGUCACAGAAGUGACAGAGGAUCUGUUGACCACAGUCCUUAGCUUCUUCCGCAGUAUGGGUGUCCUGGGGGUGACCGAGUCAGAAUAUGCCCUCCUCACUGCCACUGCUGUGCUUUGCUCUGAUCGGCCCCUGCUUCGUGCCCCCGCCCAGGUGGAGACCCUGCAGGAGCCUGUCCUGGAGCUGCUGGGAAGGGUGAGCGGCCAGUGCCACCCCAGGGACCCGCGGCGCUUCGCCCGGCUGCUGGGGCGCCUGACUGAACUGCGCACACUCCAGCACAACCACCUCCGCCUCCUGAGCCAACACCCCUGGGCACCCCAGGACUGGGCACCCCAAGACUGGCACCUGCACUAAGAGCGGAGUGGGGGGGGCUAGUGAUGGGGGGGGUCUGAGGGGCAGAGGUGGAGGAAGAGUGGGGGGAGAACAAAAGGCGAACACUGGAGUGAGAGAAGGAGAGAGAAGCAGAAAAGAGAAAGUAUUUUAGACAGGUGGGAUAAAGGAAGAGGAAGAGUAUGAAAAAGGUGAGGCGCAGAGAAGAGUUUAAAGGAUUGGGGUGGGAAUAAGGACAAAAGGGGGAAAGAGAGAGAGGGAGGAGGACACUGAGAAGGCAGGGAAUGUAGAUGAAAUAACUGGCCUGUAGGUCUACCGGUGUAUGGAUGGCACGCACAGUCCCUACAUGCCAGGAGAGUCAGGAUGUGCCCUCCCAGAUCUACAAGGGCAAUAUCACGUGUGUUGUGUGGAAUAGGAGCUCCAGCCCCACCCCUGUGCUGUGGUGAGUGCUGUGGACAGACUCUCUAACCAACAAGAUAAGAAAGCGGGGAAGUGUGUUUGGAAGAGGACUGGGGCACUGGAGAACGUUGCAGAGCUGAAAUGUUGGCAGAGCAGCGAGUGGACGAGUGGCUGCUGGAGAGUGACACGAGCGCUGAGUGGACAUCAAGGUCCUGGAUUCCAUCAGAGAGUCUCUGCUCUGACUCCCCAAAGCUGCUGCAUAAAGAUGACUCAGCCUGUCACACCGGAACUUGAUAGACGAGAUCUCAGUUGGACCUGAAUCUGAAUCCCUGUUGUGUACUGACAUUUGUUUUUCACUUGGCAUGUGCCGAGUGCUCCCCAUUUCAUUGACUCAAUGGAACAUUCCCUGUGUGCUGGCUGAGCAGCAGUGUGAAGUCACAUGGGUCAAGACAGGAACACCUAUAUAAUGCUUCAUCAGAAAGGAAUCAUGGGGCCAAUAGUAACACACAUUGCAGGAUUGCAUUCAUACCUGUAUUGAGUUAAUCAUUUUUAUUGAUAAUAGGAGAAAAUUGGUAACACACAAAUCACUGUGUUCUUCUACACAGUGUUCUACGACAGAACAUUUUUUUUAAAGGUACCAAAAACUAAAAUGAGAGAUCCUAUGUAUUUGUUGUACUGAUAUACAGUAAUUUGUAGGACAAUAUGGCAAAUUCAUGUUCCUUUUGGAAAGCCUUGUGCAAGAGCUUGUAUAUCUGCUAUUAAAUAGGAAAUUACAGGCAUGCAUUAUUUGUACAUGCAUGUAUUUGUCAUGUUGAUUUCUUUUUGCAGUACAUAUAGAUAGAAAUAUGUGCCUACACAUACUGUGUAUAGAUGGUGUUGCAUUUCCCUGCAAGGAUCCUUCUUCUGUGAUUUCAGUGGGCUGCAUGGUAGUAAGACAGCACGCCAAGAUGAGAAUUGCAACAAUGAGAAAUGAGAGCAGGUCUAAACAGGAGGCAUUUCUUCAGACUUCAGCAGCAGUAGGAGCGCUAGAGAAAUCUGUCUAGCCAUUUGGAUGAAGCUGAAUUGACCCCUCUUCUCAAUAAAAACGAUUUAAACAUUUGACCACUUGAGGGCGUCAGAGAUUUAAACAGCGGGAGCCUAACCACGCUACCCAGCCUUUCCAUGAGUAUUAAAUAGCGUACACUCACUUGACCGACACAUUUAUCCAAAUCACCUAUUUAUACAGCUGGGUAAUUUACUGGAACAAUGUGGGUGAGGAAUCUUGUUCCAGGGUAGAAUAUUGUGAGAGCUAAACCCACAAAUGCCUUUCCCAUGUCACCACCUCAGUAUAGUGUUCUAGUUAAAAAACUAGUUAAAUUAAUUUACCUACUACAUGUAGGGCUUAAUUAGUGUUCAGGAUAGUCAGGAAUAUCAUUGACACACAACACCAAAUACAUUUAAAUAAUUAGUUAAUAGUCUUUUUUUUUUUCAAGGAUGCAGGAAUUUUCCGGAACAAUCAAAUAUUCAGAUUUGUUUGUUUCAAUGCCAACAAUACCUACUCCUCCAAAAACAGCAAAAAAAUCCAUUGCUGUCUCUAAGUGAAUCUUUUUAUUAAAAGGUUGCCCAGCAAUAACCUUGUGGUAGUAGAAAUAAUCUGCAGGGUAUCCCUUUAUUCCUUUACACCCAGGGACAAGACUGCAUGUUAUGUUAUAUAUGCAGAGAGAACGAGCUGUUUCACAGGGCGACUGCAGAAAAGACACACAACAUGCACAUUAAAGGCAGUAGCAAAGACGGAAAUGACCUUCAAGAGAAUCAUUAACUGGUGUGAUUUUCUUUUCUUGAUUUCUCCUUUCAACAAAAAGGUUUUAAAACCUGAAUGUCAAGAGACAAGCAGUUAGUCCUGUGAGCGUUGUUAUAUUACUUCUUUGUCCCAGUGCAACCAGGUCAUCCUUGCUGUGCGGAAGGGAAAAGAAAACAAUUCUCUAGGAAGGAGCCUGCUGUUGUGCCGGUACCUUUGACCUCAGCCAAAAGAAUCUUUUCCUUUGUGUUUUUUCUCUGG